AUUGGCACAGCCAGUUAAGCUCGACAUAUCUCUCUUCCACUCUAUUAUUUCGUUUUCCAAGUAGAGAAGAGAUCUCGCGGCCCGGUCUGGACACUUUUUCCGCUUCUACGAUUCUAUGGAGAGAAGGAUAAGAAUAAAAAUAUUUUUGUGUAAUAGCGUGUUGUGUCGCAUUGAGACUGAUUUGGCGCGUGAGUGACGCGCGUAAAAAUAUCUCUGAAUCGUUCGCGAUCGUCAAAGAUGAUGCGAGGUGAUCGGAGAUCGUGCAUGUUUCUGGUUUGUUGAUUUUAUGCUACCGCAAAAAGUAUCAUGGCGUCCAAGGGCCAUGUGGAUAACACGGUGAACGAACGUCGCCUGCGACCAAUUUACGACUGGCUGGACAAUGGAAAUAACAAGAAGGCUCUCCAGGAGGCGGACAAGGUGCUCAAGAAGCAUCCGACUAACCAAUGCGCCAGGGUGCUCAAGGCCUUGGCCCUGUUGCGAAUGGGCAAAGAAAAUGAGUGCCAGGUCAUUAUGGACGAAGUGCGCUCUGAGGUGCCCUGUGAGGAUUCCACUCUGCAAGCGAUGAGUAUCUGCUAUAGAGAGAUACAUCAACCGGACAAAGUUAGUGAGCUUUAUGAAGCUGCUGCAAAGGCUGAUCCUAACAACGAAGAACUUCUAACGCAUCUUUUCAUGUCAUACGUUCGCCUUGGCGAUUAUAAAAAACAACAGCAAGCUGCUCUUAACUUGUACAAAUUAACUCAUAAAAAUCCAUAUUAUUUCUGGGCUGUUAUGAGUAUAGUGAUGCAAGCUAUUCAUGCUGAUCAGAAAUUAGCAAAAGGAGUUAUCUUGCCUUUGGCAGAAAGAAUGGUCCUAAAAUUAGUAAGGGAAGGAAAAAUAGAAGCAGAACAGGAAGUGCAACUUUAUCUAAUGAUAUUGGAACUGCAAGACAAAAAUGAAGAAAUAUUGAAUGUACUGUCUAGUCCUUUAGCUUCCUAUGUCUCAUAUGUACCUCAACGAAAGGCUACAUGUCUAUUGAAACUAGAAUGUUUUCCUGAAGCUGCUAACGCAUAUCGCGCACUUAUUGAAGAAAAUAUCGACAAUUGGGCAUUUUAUCAAAAUUAUCUUUCUGCGGCCUUAAAGUUUCAACGUCUGACAGAAUGCUUGGAUUUUUUUAACCAUAUUAUCAAUAUGUCUGAAAAGAAAAUUCGUGCGCCAUAUUUGGCCCGCCUAGAAUUAUUAAAGCGAUGCCAGACUGAGGAUCUUCAAUAUAGUAUGACCUCUAUGAAUUUUAUGCAUCAAUAUUUUUCUCAAUUUGGUGAAAAGGGAUGUGUAGUUGGAGAUUUACGAUUAUAUCUAAAUCUACUUACCCCCAAAUCUAAAUUUGAAUUGUUUGAAAAGAUUGAAGAAGAUAUUGGUAUUGCACCAGAUGGAUUUCCAACUACAGUACAACAAAUGCAAAGGCAGAUUCAUUUGGAGCAAUUACGGCGUAUUUGUGGCUUCCACCAUUCUCCUUUAGCAGACAGGGACAAACAGGAACAAUUGAUAAAGCGAUUAUGCGAUUUAUAUGAAAAAGGCAAUGAAUUAUGUCCAAUGCAGGAUAGAUUGCCAACUGAUUUUUGUCCAGCAGAUCCAUAUAUCCUAUUGGCUACACAUUUAUUACAUCAAUUGUGGAUUGAUACUAGUGAUGCAUCUUUUCUUUAUAGGGCAAUGUCAUUAUUGGAACAUGGUCUUCUGUCGAGUCCUGUAAAUUUUCACAUUAAAAUUUUACUUGUGCGUAUUUACUUGGAAGCUGGUCUAGUGGUCGCUGCUGAUUACGCGUUCGCAUUACUUGAUGUAAAACAUCUUCAACUAGAUUCAUUGGGGUAUCUCCACGUGCCACUUCUCGCGCCUCUCGGUAACUUGCCUCUGGCCUCGACAACUCUUGAUCAUACAGCGAAAUUUUUCAUAGCCAACUAUAAGGAUAGUGCGGACCAUUUAACACUUGCAUACAAAUAUGGAAGUUUUAUAAAAAUUCAGGAUUUUGUAGAAUUAAGAGAACGCCUAGAAAAUUCGUUUCAUUUUGCUAUGACAACUGUGGAUAAAAUGCUGCUUGAUUUGUGUUGGUGUGACAGUACUGCUUCUUUAUUUUCUACUUUGAAUAACAUGCAUAUCCAACCUCAUCUUGAUUCAAUUAGAUGGACAUCUUUACGAGAUAAUCGUGAUUUGGAGGUUGUUCGUGGAUGGGAACCACUUAAUCAGAAUGAGGAAGAUCCAAGAAUGCAGGAAGAUACACGUAUUUGUAUGUUAAAACUACUUUCUGCAAGAAAUGCCAUAUUGCGCAUCUUGGCGGCGAGUGUCGGAUCAUCUUCUAUGUAUUUGUCUCAAAUAUCUGCAGAACUUAAAGAGUUAGCAGAAGAAACUAUACCGAAUAUAUUAAAGAAAUUUGGUACAGAUGGAAAAUUGAAUAAACCCUGCAAAAUAUUGGUUCCACUCGAUGCUGUGGAAAGAUUACGCGAAGCUUAUCAUUCUGAACAAUUAAGGACUAUAGCGUGCCUUGCAAAAUCACUGUCUCACUCUCAUUGUCCAGACUUUGAUUGCAUACAGAUGCUACGAACAACUCCUUGUUUGCAAACAUUACCUAUUCCUGAACGAGAUAAACCAGUAUCUUUUAAAAACUUUUUACUUAGAGCUUCAACUUGUAGCGAAUCUUUAGCAAUCAUCAGCGCAAUAUGCUGUGCAUAUGCAGUACAAUCAGAACCAGGCGCACAAUCGCAAAAGAAAAAUAAGAAGAAAUAUAAUAAAAAAAUCGAGUCAAAUAUGAUAAACGAGACCAAUGAGACCAAGACUUGGAGAGAAGUAGCUGUAUUACUAUCAGAAAGAGUUGAGAAUUUAGAUGCGGUUCUAACAGAAUUUGAAAAAUAUGAAUUACACACAGGAUUGGAUGAGAAGGAUGACGUAUGUAUCACUAUUAUAAAACGUGGACAAGCAAGUCUUCAACAAACCUGCGGGUUGGGACCGAGAUCCCUCAAAUCUCGUAGCCAAUCCAUAUUAAGGCUUUUAAGUAAUUUAAAAAGCUGAAACUAUUUGACUGUAUUUGUACAAAGGACAUCUAUAUCCGUCUACUUUUCAUAAUUUUCAAAAAUGACUUGAGAGUUCUGUACAUAAUUCUUAGCCUCAAUUCAAUUAUAAAUAACGAAUGAAUGGCCAAUGGUUUAAUGCUGAUUAAAAUACUUGAGCCUACUUUCAUUUUUAUGAAAAGCAGUUAAUACACUGCCAUUUUGAUCAGUUUAUAACUAAUGAUAUAUUCUUUAAAUAAUUAACAAUUGUAAAAAUCGAAAUAGUAUUUCUGAAAUAGUGAAAUUUUCAGAACUAAAGACACUAAUUUUAUCAAUUUAAAAACGUGGUCUAUCUUAUGUGCCAUUUUUUCAUUAUAAUAGUUAUUUUAUAUAUUUUACAUCGCGAAGUCUUAAUUCGCGUAUAGAUCAACAUCACUUAUUUUAUGAAUUAUUUUCAUUUAGACAUUUUAAAGAAUAACACUCGUAAAUUGCAUUUAAUUAUAUUUUGUGGCGUGUGUAUGUGUGUGUGUAUGUAUAUAAUAUAUAUAUAUAUGCAUAUGUAUGUAUGUAUAUAUGUAUAUAUACACACACAUAUAUAUUUUGUUUCUUUUCCACAAUUAUAUAAAUUUAUUAUUAAGUAAUUGAUUAUUACUUGUUAAACCAUCCGAUAGAAUCGGUUAAAAAAUAAUUGCUUACUGGAAAGAAAGGAAUAAAUUGCUAAUACGAGUGCAGAGAAAUAUAUAAUGUAUUUAUUUUGUGUAAUUAUUUCACUUAAACUAAAAGAAUGGAUAUAUUAUCGAUUGUAUCGUUAACGUCUAUGUUAAUAAACAUACGUAAAUUUUUGGAUGUUUUA